AGAUACAGCAAUAAAAUUUUUAGCGCCCAAAUUUUAAAAUAUUUAUUUUGAAAUUGGAAAAAUGGAUUUUUCACGAACUAGUAAUCGCGGUCUUAUUCCUGUAGGUUGCGUACUAUUACCUAAAGCAAAAAUUCGACCAAAUUCAAGAAAUUCAGUUUCAUCUAGGAAUGCCGGUUUUCAACAAAAUAGAAAGCGUAUUUUCCCUACCACAACAUACAAUCAUCCAAGAGGAACUAUAUUAACCGCUCGUCGGCCACAUAAUACAAAAAAGUCAAUAAACCAGCUUACAAGCGGAAACGUCCAUGAUGUUAUCAAUAAUAAUAAAGAUGAUCAGUUACGAACUCCAAUUUCAUUGGAAUCAUUUAUUCAAGUAACUAAACCAUAUUGGGCAGAUGUUGAUUCUUCAAACCCAUCUCCAAAUAAACCCGCUGGUUCAUUUCGUACAAUUAAUCCAAACCAUGUAGUGAAAGCAGUGCAUGAUUCCGGACCAAACACUCCAAUCUUGUUAGGUAAGUAUUUAGCAAGAACAAAUGCAUGUUUCACUGGCACUAUUAAAAGCAUAACACCAAGUGUUGCUGUUAGUAAGAAUAAGUAUGCAAUAAUAUUGGACAAAUCUGCUAAGAAUAAGGAGCAAUUGACAAGCGGCCCAAAUGAAAUGGCAACACAAUACAGUACAAAUAUUGCUGCUGCCCCAAGAGCCCCAAAUUCAUCAAUAUCUAUAGAGCAACAUCCUAAACAAAUUCUGAUACGAAAAAAAUUAUCAACAAAUUCGAUUAUUACCAAAACACAAAACACAAUUAAUAGUGUUAACGAUUUUAAACCAAAUGGUUCAUCAAUAAUCGAUAAGUUCGUCAAAAAUGAUAUAAGGAAGGUGGCAACGACUGCGCCUUCUACUGCAGUUAUAAGCACUACUCAGAACGUUUGUAGAGCAGUUAAUAAUUUAACACCAACUUUAGCAGAUAAAUUUAAUAAUCUUAUAAUUCAAGCUAAGGUCUCUAAAAAUGGAGCCAUCAAAAAGAUACCAUUAGACUUAGGUGUGAAUUCCGCUUCAAAACAUAAGGCUAGUGAGCUAAAGUCUGAUAUUCUUAGUGCUAAUAUCAAAAAUUCUGUAACAAUUAAACCACAAACCGAAGGCCUGGUGAACUCUCUGACAAAUACAGAACUAAACUCAACAACUGCUAAUACUGGUGCAAUAGCGAAGUUUCUAAUUCUGUCCAAGCUUAGAAAUCAAACAACUCAAGAACAGUACUCGAAGGACACUGGGACAUUGGCCAAUGUAGAUGAAGCUGAAGCAUACUCGCUCACAAAAUUGCACAAGACUUUAGCUGAAACUAAUGAACUAAGGAACACAAAGUGCACUUUUCCAGAAUCGAAGAAUCUUCAGAAUGUUGCUAUAAUGAGAAAAGCAGGCGCUGCUGCUAUAUCAUGUCAAAAUAUAAAGCAAACUCGUGCUAAUAAUGUAGAGAGAAUACCAUCGCCUGUACCAAAAAGAAUAAAAAGAGAUCCACUCAACUCAGGAAAAUCGCUUAUAGAAACCGUUAUUGAUUCAACACCUUUUGCCAUUGUCGAACCAAACAUUCAAACCGAAGUGAACCAUGCCAAAGUCGCAGAUAGCCCACAGAACUCCGACAAUUUUAUCGAAAAUAUGUUGAGAAAUGUUAUUACCCAGUACUCGAACCUCAAUCCUGAGUCUACAAAAUCUUUUGCAAAUGCCUUGAAAAACUGGAUGAAUUCUGUGGAAGAGCGUAAUUUAAAAAUUGAGUCAAAGAGGGAUGCAUUACAGCAGUUAAAUAACCUAAUUGAUGAAAAAAAUCGGGAAUUUGCAGAAUUGACUAAGACAAUGCAGUACCUAAACUUUUCUGGACAAAAUGCAACUAUUGAUUUUGAAAAUUACUAUAACCGCCGUGCUGCAAUUCAUGCAGACACGUUAUUGUUAAGUCAGCAAUAUAAGCAGUUGCUAAGAAGCGGGUAUGGUUCGGACUUAAAUUGGGCCUUAACUAACGAUGAUGCGCACAAUGUUCUAAGUAGUUUUGAGGAAGACCCAUUAGCUGAAAUUGUUCGUAUUUGUGAAUCUCAUGGCCAGACUAACGCUUCAUACAUUAUUAGAGAACUAGUGAAAGAUUUGUAAUAUACGAUUAAUGACAUUUUUAACAUGAUCAUGUAUGUCACAAUAAUUCCAAAUUAUAAUGUGUAUUAUUCAAAUCAUUUAUAAUUACUUUAAUUUUUAACAUGUUACAUAUAUAAGUGAGUUCAUUGAUUUUAGUUAACAUUCGUUUUUUAAUUAAUAAAAU